AUGUCAGUUGUAUUAUUCCAGGAGUAUGGAUCGACAGCAUUAAUGAAGGCUGCCAGGUGGGGAGGACACCUGAAGUAUGGAUGGACAGCAUUAAUGUGGGCUGCCUGUCAAGGACACCUGGAGGUCUGUCAACUCCUCAUUGAUACAGGAUGUAAGAUCGACAUCACAGAAGGUAGAGGAUGGACAGCAUUAAUGUCGGCUGCCAUGGGAGGACACCGGGAGAUCUGUAGUCUCCUCAUUGAUAGAGGAUGUAAGAUCGACAUCACAGAUAGAGGUGGAUGGACAGCAUUAAUGUCGGCUGCCAUGGGAGGACACCUGGAGAUCUGUAGACUCCUCAUUGAUACAGGAUGUAAGAUCAACAUCACAGAUGACAAUGGAUACACAGCUUUACAUUGGGCUGCUGAGAGGGGAUAUCUACAGAUCACAAGAUAUCUGGUAGAACAAGGAGGUGCCAGUCUCUUGGUUACAACACAUCAGGGUGAAACUCCAUACGAUCUAGCAGCAAAAGAGAAACUGAGGCAGUAUAAAGAUGUGAUGGAAUACUUAAAGACAGGUGUGACGGCUAGACUCAAGAUUGAAGAUAAUAAAGUUCCAACUGAAAUCAAAUUAAUGGCUGACAAAAGAUCUGUACCUUUGUACCUCAAAUUACUUGAGUCAGGCUCUGAGAAAAAGAGAGACAUACGUUUGGUAAUAGUUGGGAAGAAAGGUGCGGGUAAGACAUCAUUGGUUAAAAGAUUAUUCAACGAAGGAAAGAAAGGUGCGGGUAAGACCUCAUUGUUAAAAAGAUUAUACAACGAAACAAAGGAAGGUGCUGAACUAUGCUGGAAAAUAUUAGUUGGAGGAAAUAAUGAAGAUGUUACGAGCACAAAUGGAAUAGAAAUUCAUAUGACAAAAUGCAAAACAAAAUCUAGUGAAAGCAUUUGGAAUAGAUUAGAAGGUAACUAUAAAGAAACUGAAUGCAAUGCAAUAUUAUUGAAACAAUUUGGAAAACAACUAGCCAGUGUGGAUAGCUUAGCCAUCAUUGAAGAAGCAGCUCACAAGACCAUUACGGAAACCACUUCAUCGACAGGUAUUGAUGAAUCAGAGGAACCAAGAACAGUAUCCAAGCCUAUAAAACCAGAACAUCCAGUAGUCACUCAAGUUGAACCUCCAGUAGUCACUCAAGUUGAAAUUCCAGUAGUCACUCAUUUUGACCCUCCAGUAGUCACUCAAGUUGAACCUUCCGGAGUCACUCAAGUUGAACCUCCAGUAGUCACUCAAGUUGAACCUCCAGUAGUCACUCAAGUUGAACCUCCAGUAGUCACUCAAGUUGAACCUCCAGUAGUCACUCAUUUUGACCCUCCAGUAGAAUCUCAAGUAGCCAAUAUUUAUUUUGAACAACAGCAAAACCUAUCAUUAGAAAAAGCUCAUAAAGAUAUCAAAUCCAUGUUGGAAAAAUCGAAAGUUGAUUUACUUGACAAAGAGGAGUAUGCCAACUUGUUUUUAUGGGAUUUUGCUGGCGAUGAAGAAUUUUACCACACACACCAAACAUUUCUGUCCCAAGAUGCAAUUUAUCUUGUUGUGACAAAACUUAAUGAGGCUGAUGACAAAAAAGCACAAGAAAUGUUUCAGUUGUGGAUGAAUUCAAUACAUUGCUACUGUAGACUUGAUGAUCAGCAAAAUAAACCUGAAAGUUUUACUGCUGAAAUAGAUGGAAGUACUGAGACACAGGAAACAAAUAUUCUCGAUCCACCAGUGAUUCUUGUUGGCUCACAUAAAGACAAAGUCAGGCUUCAAAAGGGAGAAAAGAUAGAAAUUGAAUGCAAGAAGCAGAUUCAAAGCUAUGUUAAAGAUGUUUCAGAUGAUGCCUGUGGACAUAUACGAUCUGAAUACUUCAUUUCAAAUACAAAAGAUCCUGAUGGUGUAUUCCAGAAAAUAAAACAGGACAUCUUAAACUUCGCCAGAGGAAUGAAAUCGUGGAAUAAAGAAUAUCCAUUGAAAUUUAUUCAACUGGAAAAAUGUCUUCAAGAGAGGAAGAAAGGGUUAUCAAUUCCAAUUAUAACCUUCAAGGAACUUGAGCAAAUCUCUCUUGAAACACCCAUGCCAAUGAAUACGGAAGAACUAAUGUUGUUUUUGAAAUUUCACCACGAAAUCAGAGCUUUAGUUUAUUUUGAGGAUCUUCCCGAAUUUAUCGUUUUAGAUACCCAGUGGUUAUCUGAUGCCUUUAAAUGCAUAGUAACAGCAGAGAAAUUUCAAUCAGAUACCAGCAGACAUAGAAUGAAGGACAAAUUGGAGGAUUUAAAUCUUAGAGGAAUAUUGCAUAGUGAAGUUUUAGAAGAUGUUUUUAAGGAUGAAAAAAAUAUUUUGAACAAACAUGACAGACAUAAAUAUGCUAUCCUGAAUAUUAUGGAGAAGUUUGAUAUUAUCAUAUGUGUAAACUUUGACGGUGCUGAUGAAACACCUUACUAUUAUGUACCUUGCAUGGUCAAAUCAAAACCAGAAUGCGACAUAUAUGAGAUGUUUAAUGUGACAAACAAUACCUGUAAUAAAUCCACCUGGUUGUGUUUCAAGUUCAGAUUCCUGCCACCACAUCUUAUGAACCAUUUGAUUGCUUCACUGAGCCGGAAGUAUGAAAUUGCAGAAGUGGUUGUUCCAAAUCAAAAGAAAAAGUCAGUUGCUCUUUUCAAAGGUAUUGCAGUCUUUGAGUUACAGAAGAAAACACAUUUAAGAAAAUUGCUUGUAAUGUCAUUUCCAAAUUUUAUUCAGGUUCAAGCUUUGGAAUUCGGGAAAGAUUCAUUCAUCAACAACGGUUUGUACAAAGACAUUGGGGACUUUGUGACAGAGGAGUUAGAGAAGAUAAUACAUACACGAUUCAAGAUGUCCAAUGUAAAAUUCGAGAAAAAGUUUGAAUGUGGACAUACCAAACCUGAAUUAGUGACAGGAUCCAAUGAACUUAGUGAGGAGCAGAUAACAGAAUAUCUCUGCGGGACAUGUAAUGCACCCCACACAUUCGAUGGCGAAUGGUCAGAGAUAAAAAGUAAUACGCUGUCUGAUAAUUAUGAGAAGAAACCGGGACAGAGAGGAGUUGCCCUGAUUGUUAACUUCAUGUUCCAUGGUGGGACAAAUGAGAGAAAAGGUUCUGAUGUGGAUUGCAAGAACCUCACAAAUUUCUUUAAAGAAGAACUAAAGUAUCAGGUGGAAUGUACAACAAGAGAUAUGACAAAGUUGGAGUUACAGGAUUAUUUCCAAGAAAUUGUCAGAACAUACUUAACAGAGAAAGCAAAGGAUUAUCAUUCUUUUAUCUGUGUAAUUAUGAGUCAUGGAAAUAAGAAUGGAAUUUGUACAACAGAUGAAUUCAUUACUGUCGAAGAGAUACAAAAGCCAUUCAAAAACAAAGAUGGAGGCAAAUUUAAUGGUAAACCAAAAGUAUUUCUCAUUCAAUCCUGUCGUGGAAAUGAAGAGCAGGAAAAAGUUGUAGUAUCUGAAUGUUCUGAAAGCUAUAAUAUAUUUCCUGGAAACAGGAAAAGAAAAAGAUCUGUUGAAACCUCUGUUAACCAAUCAGGAAUUCUAGAUCAGCCAUCUACCUCAUCAGAAGUUUUCUCUAUUGAUGCCCAUAGUUAUACUUCAGAAAAUGUUCCAAUAGAUGCUGACAUUAUCGUGGGAUAUGCAACAACACCAGGCUAUGUAGCAAUUCGGGAUAUAUGUAAAGGGACAUAUUUCAUAAGAGCAUUCUUGUCUGUUGCCAAGAAAAAAUACAAGGAUGAACAUAUUGAGAUGAUAUUAAGAAAAGUGAGAAAUGAAUUAGCCACAAAUGCAGAAUAUGAAUAUGUACCACAAUCUGGAAGCUUGGCACAAAAAUGUCAGAUGGGAAUGUUAGAGACUACAUCUACGAAGACAUUUUUCUUGUAAUAACAGUUCAAUAAAACUUAUUGGGUGGACAAUUGUUAUCAAACCAUUUAUGACCAGUAUCAUAAAUUAAGAAUAUAUUUUCCAAGUUCAAGGAUUUAUGCAACUGAUUUAAAGUCCUCAUUUUUUUAUGAAUAGAUAAAACCUUUUUGUUUAUUCAUCAAACAUUGAAAAUAGCUUGUCAAAUUUAUUCAUAAGGUCCAGUUUUAUUUUCUUUCCUUUCGCCAUUAGUGGUGUUAUUAUGAAAAAACAAACUCUUGUGAGCAUUAGUUCAUUUAUUUGUUUUGUUUUGCAUUAAAUGUUCUUUUGUUAGUCCGUCUGUCUGUUCGUCCAUCUGUCCUGCGUAAGGUUAAAGCUUUUAAUCAAGGUAGUUAUUGAUGAAGUUGAAGUCCAAUCAACUUGAAACUUAGUACACAUGUUCCCUAUUGUAUGAUCUUUCUAAUUUUAAUAUAAGAAUAAGAGUUUUGACCCUAAUUUCACCGUCCACUGAACAUGGAAAUGAUAGCGCGAGUGGGGGAUCCGUGUACUAUGGACACAUUCUUGUUUUGAAAUCUUUUUUAUAUACAGUAUUUUCAUCAUUAAAGAAUUAAAGAAUUAAUCAUUAUUGUUGAUACAUGUUUUUGGUUUGUAUUGAAUUUUUCAUUAACAUGAGACGUUCAGAUCAUAGCACACUCAUUUUUAUCAUUGUACAGAUAAUAGACUACUUUCGAGUUAUGUCCUUCACUUCAAACGUUCUUCAAUUAUGCUUGCCUUUAUAAUGUCAUUUACCAGAUAGAGGAAACCGCCUGUUUCCCUGCACUAUCAAGUUCUCCAAGCAUCUUUGGGAUUGUCUUUAUGCAGGAUAAACUAAAAAUAAUGUUUGUUCCAAAGGUUUUUAAUCACAAUUCCAUAAUGACAGCAGUGCUGAUAACCAAUUAUAAGAAUUUAAUUUGCCGAAAAUUUGUGCAAUAUAUAUAAGAUCAUAUUUGUUCAAUCGCAUGGGAAGGAAGUAACGAUACGAAUGAUGUCAAUCAAAACCUAAUUUUUUACGGAAAUGCAUGAACUCGAAAAUGGUCGAUUGACAGAUUUUAGGACUAUCAUUGUAUAGAAAAUUGUCAGAAUAUAGAACUGUCAUUUUACAUAUAACUGAGAUGUUAAAGCACUAUCAUUGAACAGAUAACUGACAGAUUUUAUCACUGUGAUUGUACAGAUAACUGACAGAUUUUAUCACUGUGAUUGUACAUAUAACUGACAGAUUUUAUCACUGUGAUUGUACAUAUAACUGACAUAUUUUAUCACUAUGAUUGUACAUAUAACUGACAGAUUUUAUCACUGUGAUUGUACAUAUAACUGACAUAUUUUAUCACUAUGAUUGUACAGAUAACUGACAGAUUUUAUCACUGUGAUUGUACAUAUAACUGACAUAUUUUAUCACUAUGAUUGUACAGAUAACUGACAGAUUUUAUCACUAUGAUUGUACAUAUAACUGACAUAUUUUAUCACUAUGAUUGUACAGAUAACUGACAGAUUUUAUCACUGUGAUUGUACAUAUAACUGACAUAUUUUAUCACUAUGAUUGUACAGAUAACUGACAGAUUUUAUCACUGUGAUUGUACAUAUAACUGACAUAUUUUAUCACUAUGAUUGUACAGAUAACUGACAGAUUUUAUCACUAUGAUUGUACAGAUAACUGACAUAUUUUAUCACUAUGAUUGUACAUAUAACUGACAUAUUUUAUCACUAUGAUUGUACAUAUAACUGACAUAUUUUAUCACUAUCAUUAUACAGAUAACUGACAUAUUUUAUCACUGUGAUUGUACAGAUAACUUACAGAUUUUAUCACUAUGAUUGUACAGAUAACUGACAUAUUUUAUCACUAUGAUUGUACAUAUAACUGACAUAUUUUAUCACUAUGAUUGUACAUAUAACUGACAUAUUUUAUCACUAUCAUUAUACAGAUAACUGACAUAUUUUAUCACUGUGAUUGUACAGAUAACUUACAGAUUUUAUCACUGUGAUUGUACAGAUAACUGACAUAUUUUAUCACUAUGAUUGUACAGAUAACUGACAGAUUUUAUCACUGUGAUUGUACAGAUAACUUACAGAUUUUAUCACUAUGAUUGUACAUAUAACUGACAUAUUUUAUCACUAUCAUUAUACAGAUAACUGACAUAUUUUAUCACUGUGAUUGUACAGAUAACUGACAGAAUUUAUCACUGUGAUUGUACAGAUAACUUACAGAUUUUAUCACUAUGAUUGUACAGAUAACUGACAUAUUUUAUCACUGUGAUUGUACAGAUAACUGACAGAAUUUAUCACUGUGAUUGUACAGAUAACUUACAGAUUUUAUCACUGUGAUUGUACAGAUAACUGACAGAAUUUAUCACUGUGAUUGUACAGAUAACUGACAGAAUUUAUCACUGUGAUUGUACAGAUAACUGACAGAAUUUAUCACUGUGAUUGUACAGAUAACUUACAGAUUUUAUCACUAUGAUUGUACAGAUAACUGACAGAUUUUAUCACUAUGAUUGUACAGAUAACUGACAGAUUUUAUCACUAUCAUUGUACAGAUAACUGACAGAUUUUAUCACUAUCAUUGUACAGAUAACUGACAGAUUUUAUCACUAUGAUUGUACAGAUAACUGACAUAUUUUAUCACUAUCAUUGUACAGAUAACUGACAGAUUUUAUCACUAUGAUUGUACAGAUAACUGACAUAUUUUAUCACUAUCAUUGUACAGAUAACUGACAGAUUUUAUCACUGUGAUUGUACAGAUAACUGACAUAUUUUAUCACUGUGAUUGUACAGAUAACUGACAUAUUUUAUCACUAUGAUUGUACAGAUAACUGACAUAUUUUAUCACUAUGAUUGUACAUAUAACUGACAUAUUUUAUCACUAUCAUUGUUUAGAUAACUGACAUAUUUUAUCACUAUGAUUGUACACAUAACUGACAGAAUUUAGCAUUUUGUUUUAUUGUACAUAUAAUAACUGACAGAUUUUAUCCCUAUCAUUGUACAUAUUAUUGACAUAUUUUAGCACUGACAUUAUUGAGACAAUCAAUAUUUUAAAAUCAUUCAGGCUUCUGUUUUCAAUUUAUAUAUCUUUAAAAUAUAUUUUGUAAUGUUAUUUUACUUUAUAUAUGUAUAAUGACUUAUGUGAUUGGUUUAACUAUCAUGUGUUAUCAUUUGUGAAAUUUCAU